AUGGCUCUCGCUGGCGUGUCAGCUGACGUGGCCGGUUCUGAGCGGCGGGUUGGAUCCGAUUUGUGGAUCGGAUCUCAGGUUCACCCGGAAUUGAGAGUUUUUCAGGUCGGGCCAGUAAUUCUACGGUUUCCUACUUUCCUCACAAGCUCAACUAAUCCCCUCGAGUCCUCGACCUCGAUCGUCUACGCUACGCCGCUGCGGCUUUGCCUCCCUCCCCACUCGGACACUCCCCAGUCCGGCAGUCCUCGACACUCUGCGGCUCUGCCUCUGCGCUGCGGCUCUACCUCCCUACUCGGCCAUUCUCAAGUCUCCGGUUGCCACGACGACGCGACUCCAACUCCAAGCCUCCAACCUGCCGUAGGCUGGCAACCUUGCAACCUUCGCCGGUCGUCGUCUCAUCAGAUAGCAAGCCUUUGGCCUCGAUUGUCAAGCUUAGGGCCCGAUAACGACUCGGGAACAUCGACUGCAAGCCAAGAUACUCAGUCCCACCAAAUUGGUGCUAGGAAAGAGAAGCAGAUAGAAACAUUAAGGGCUGCUCUUGGGAUUGGCAUCUCAGAAUUUGAUGAUCAAAAGAAGCAGAAUGUGGAAGAGAAUGAUGAUGAUAAGCCAAGAACCAGGCGACCUUUCUUGGAUAGAGAGGUCAGAAAAGACAAGCAUCUGGUAGAAGAGCUUAAAGAUGAGAAAGAUGAUAUUGAAAAGAGUAUUGAAGAUUUACCAAAUAGGUGGAAAGAAGGUGGAAAAGACAGGUCAAAUGAAAUAACUAUAUUAUGUAUUAAAGCAAAAUUCCUUACAAAUAAGGAGAACCUAACAAGCCCUCCAAAGGAGGGGAUUUUGUUGGAUAAAUCCUCCUUAGGUUUGAGAUAG